AUGGGUCUGAUGGCUAAAAUAAUAUUCAGGAUAUCUGACGAGAUAUACGGCACAAUGAAAGUUUACCCAAGACCUGUUCAUGUUAUUGGGGAUUACCCUAGACCUGUUCAAGUGACUUAUAAUCAGGAAUACGCAAGACCUGCUCAAGUGAAUUAUAAUCAAGAAUACGCGGUUCCUGUUUAUAGCAACAGGGAACAAUAUCCCACUUACCCAGCAGAGUAUAGUUCCAGGAAAAAGAAGCCGAAACCACGGGCGAAAAAGAAAACACCACGUGAUCGGAUAAAGACGGAUUAUUCUAACGUCCGGGAACCUGGGAGAUUGCUGUCAUAUGCUGCACAUGAACUCUUCUUUGAGGACACAAAAUAGAUAUGAUUAAUACUCUGAAUUAAUAUGUUUAUUCGCAAUAAAAUGCGAUGGUAAAUUGCAAUAAUUUUGCCUGACCCCAAAAUGUCAA